AUGACUGCCAAAUUGAUCGAUCGCCGAUUCCACAAUGUGGCAGGCAAACUUCGGGUCUCCGAGCUGUUCUUUGAUGUGCCCGUGGACUACAGUAAACCCGCAGGUGACACCCUGAGACUCUUUGCGCGCAGCAUUGCUCGCAAAAACACGCCUAUUGAGCCAUCGGAGGAGAGCAAAGGAGGGAAACUUCCUUGGCUGGUCUAUUUGCAAGGUGGCCCUGGCUUUGGAUGUGGUACCCCGCAGUCUUACCCCUGGGUGGACUUCAUCCUCAGCAAAGGAUAUCAGGUCCUGUUUCUCGACCAGAGAGGUACCGGUCUGAGCUCGACGAUUACGGCUGCUACACUUGCCCUGCAGGGUGAUGGCGGUAAGCAGGCGGAGUAUCUCAAGAACUUCCGCGCAGACAACAUCGUCCGCGACUGUGAAGCAAUUCGAAAGAUUUUGACCAAUGAUUACCCGGAGGAUCAGCGCAAGUGGAGCAUCCUCGGGCAAAGCUUUGGCGGCUUCUGCGCAGUGACUUAUUUGUCCAAAUUCCCAGAAGGCUUGAGAGAAGCUUUCCUUACCGGUGGCCUUCCUCCUCUGACCAGUGGCCCGGACCCCGUGUAUAAGAAGACCUAUGGUAAUUCUACCAUUGAUUUCCCAUUCGAGGAGCCUCAUGCUGACCAGCGUAUAGAAAAGGUGAAGCAGAGGAAUGAGGCCUAUUAUGAAAAAUAUCCCGAGGAUGUGGAACGCGUGAAGAGAAUCAUGCGGUACCUCAAGGAAAACAAGGUCAAGCUGCCAUCGGGGCUGCUGACCCCAGCUCGCUUCCAGCAAUUGGGCAUCUUGUUUGGUUUCCAUGGUGGUGUGGAUUCUCUACACGACAUCGUUGUGAGGGCUUGCAAUGAUUUGGAUAUCUUCGGCUUCCUCACCCUCCCUACCCUCUCUACCAUUGAUGGCAAUGGUGGUAUGGAUAAGAACAUCAUUUACGCUCUCCUCCAUGAGUCAAUCUACUGCCAAGGACAAUCAUCGAACUGGUCCGCUGACAGGCUGCGCGCCAACGACCGUCAGUUCGAAAUCAACGAUUCGGUUCCAACCAUUUACUUCACUGGUGAGAUGGUUUUCAAAGAUAUGCUCGAGUCCUACACGGAACUCGGGGAAGUUUCAACCGCUGCCCAGAGGCUGGCUACGAUCGACGAUUGGCCUGCUCUCUAUGAUGAGUCUCAGUUAGCCAGGAACACAGUGCCAGUCUAUGCUGCUACUUACAUGGAAGACAUGUACGUUCACUUUGACUUGGCAACUGCCACUGCUUCCAAGAUCAAGAACACAAAGCAGUUCAUCACCAACAACAUCUACCACGAUGGAUUGCGGAGCAAGUCUGGCGAGAUCAUGCGUCAGCUUUUUAAUCUGCGGGAAGAUACAAUUGAUUAA